AUGUCCCUUGUGGGCAACUUCACCUUCGGGAAUUAUGACCGUACAGCAGAGCAGAGUGGCGCCGGCAGCACGGGCACUGCUUUCCAACGACGAACCAGCCUGACCGACCAGGACCCGGAAGGAGAAGCACAUGCUCAAGAGCAAAGAGGAAGCCUGUUCGGCCGCAGGAGGCCUUCUACUCACCGUUCCACCACCCAGACCCAUCCGCCCGUCACAGACCCAGCAGAGAUCGAGAAGGCCAUAGAAUCGGAGAAAGAAGGCUUCGAGGCAUACGAGACGCCUGAUCCAAAGUUCGAAUCCGACUCCGACUCGAAUACCAAGUCGGAUCGAGCGAUUGCCACACUUGCACGAAGCCUCACGAAACAGUCAACAUGGAGUCAGAUCCCCUCGAAUCCGUUCAAAGCGGAAGAGGGCUCCGAACUCGACCCACACUCCGAGCACUUCAGGGCGAGAGCAUGGGUCAAGAGCAUGAUCAAGUUGAAUCGCGAAGACGGCACGACACCGAGGACGGGCGGUGUGGCGUUCAAGAAUCUCAGUGCAUAUGGUUUCGGAACAGGCACAGACUACCAAAAAGAUGUCGGUAACGUCGUCUUGGAAGUAGUGGGCUUGUUCAAGAAGCUGUUCGGUCUAGCCAAGCCGCGACGGAUAGACAUCCUCCGCAACUUCGAGGGUUUGAUUCAGAGUGGAGAAAUGUUGGUGGUGCUUGGUCCACCAGGAUCUGGAUGCUCGACCUUCCUCAAAACUCUCACCGGUGAGAUCCACGGAUUCGAGGUCGAGAAAGACUCCUACCUGAACUACCAGGGCAUUCCGGCCAAAUGCAUGCACAAGUACUUCCGUGGCGAGGCCAUCUACACUGCCGAAGUCGAUGUGCAUUUCCCCAUGCUCAGUGUUGGCGACACUUUGACCUUUGCUGCGCGAGCAAGAGCGCCAAAGAAUCCUCCAGGUGGCGUCUCCAAGCACGAAUGGGCACAGCUUUUAAGGGACGUCGUCAUGGCCACGUUUGGUAUUGCGCACACCGUCAAUACGCGCGUGGGUAACGAUUUCAUCCGCGGUGUUUCCGGUGGUGAGAGAAAGCGUGUCUCCAUUGCAGAAGCUGCUUUGAGCGGUGCACCACUUCAAGCCUGGGACAACUCCACACGUGGUCUCGAUUCUGCCAAUGCCAUCGAGUUCUGUAAGACUGUCCGUCUGAGUGCAGAGCUUGGAGGCGCUGCCGCCCUCGUCGCCAUCUACCAGGCUCCACAAGCAGCCUACGAGCAGUUCGACAAGGCACUCGUACUGUACGAAGGACGACAAAUCUUCUUCGGGCGUACUGACCAAGCGCGUGCUUACUUCGAGAACAUGGGAUUCCACUGUCCAGACCGUCAGACGACUGCCGAUUUCUUGACCUCAAUGACUUCGGCGCAGGAACGUGUCGUGAGAUCUGGGUACGAAGAUAGAGUGCCUCGAACUCCCGAUGAAUUCGCUGCGGCAUGGAAGCAGAGCCCAGAGCGCCAGCAGCUGAUGCAAGAGAUUGAAGCGUACGGCCAGAAGUAUCCCUUCGAGGGCGAGUCAUAUCAGCAAUUCGUCGACAGUCGCAAGCAGCAACAAGCCAAGGGACAGCGACUAAAGUCGCCCUACACACUGUCUUACGUCCAGCAAGUCGAACUCUGCUUGUGGCGAGGUUUCCGACGUCUUGUCGGUGAUCCCGAACUCACCUUCACUCAGCUCUUCGGUAACUUCGCCAUGGCGCUCAUCCUUGGAUCCGUCUUCUUCAACCUGGAUAAGACCUCCAACUCCUUCUUCCAGCGCGGUGCUGUCCUCUUCUUCGCUGUGUUGAUCAACGCUUUUGGUUCGGCUCUGGAAAUUCUCACCCUCUACGCUCAACGUCCGAUUGUCGAGAAGCAUUCGCGCUACGCUCUAUACCAUCCGUCGGCGGAAGCCGUCGCAUCCAUGUUGACCGACAUUCCAUACAAGGUUGCGAAUUCCAUCAUCUUCAACAUCACGCUGUACUUCAUGGUCAACCUGAAACGAACGCCUGGCGCUUUCUUCUUCUUCCUGCUCUUCAGCUUCUUCGCAACAUUGACAAUGAGUAUGCUGUUCCGGACUAUUGCAUCCGUCUCCAGGACACUAUCGCAGGCUAUGGCGCCGGCUGCUGUGCUGAUCUUGGCGAUUGUCAUCUUCACCGGAUUUGCCAUCCCUGUCGACUACAUGCUUGGCUGGUGCAGAUGGAUCAACUAUCUGGAUCCGGUGGCCUAUGUCUUCGAGUCCCUGAUGAUCAACGAAUUCGCCGGCCAAAACUACACUUGCAGUCAACUUGUGCCUACUUAUGGAAACACGGCGGACCAGUCACAAGUUUGCUCUGCCGUUGGCUCUCAACCUGGUCUUGAUGUGGUUCGCGGCACAGAUUACAUUGAAGCGGCGUUCACCUAUUACCCCUCGCAUCGCUGGAGGAACUUUGGCAUUCUGAUUGCUUUCAUGGUCUUCUUGUGCGCCGCCUACCUUACUGCCACCGAGUUCAUCAGCGCGAAGAAAUCCAAGGGUGAGGUGCUUGUCUUCCAGCGUGGACAUCUCCCGACACAGCUCAAGGAAAAGAAGAACGAUGAGGAAUCCGUUGAAGCGGGAGGUAGCGAUUCGAAUGCGCUUGCGAAACAGGAGAGCUACACUAAUGCGACCGACAUCAUCCAAAAGCAGACUGCCAUUUUCAGCUGGAAAGACGUGUGCUACGACAUCAAGAUCAAGAGCGAAGAACGACGUAUCCUCGAUCAUGUCGACGGUUGGGUCAAGCCGGGUACUCUCACUGCUCUAAUGGGUGUUUCCGGCGCCGGUAAGACGACUCUCCUGGAUGUGCUCGCUACCCGUGUCACUAUGGGAGUCAUUUCUGGAGACAUGCUGGUCGAUGGUCGCCAGCGUGACUCUUCCUUUCAACGCAAGACGGGUUACGUACAGCAGCAGGACCUUCACCUUCAGACCUCGACUGUCAGAGAAGCGCUCAACUUCAGCGCCCUCCUCCGUCAGCCGAAGAGCACUCCUCGUUCAGAAAAGCUGGCCUACGUGGAGGAGGUCAUCAAGCUUCUCGAUAUGCAAGAAUAUGCGGAUGCUGUGGUGGGUGUUCCCGGAGAAGGUCUGAACGUGGAGCAGCGGAAGCGUCUUACUAUUGGUGUCGAGCUUGCGGCUAAGCCGGAACUUUUGCUGUUCCUCGACGAGCCUACCUCCGGUCUGGAUUCCCAGACGUCUUGGGCCAUUUGUGAUCUGAUGGAGAAGCUCAAGAACUCCGGUCAGGCCAUUCUGUGCACCAUCCACCAGCCCUCUGCUAUGCUGUUCCAGCGCUUCGACCGCUUGCUCUUCCUCGCGAGGGGCGGCAGGACCGUGUACUUUGGAGACAUUGGCGAGAACUCCCGCAUCCUCGCCAACUACUUUGAGCGGAAUGGCGCGCACAAGUGCCCGGAUGAUGCCAACCCCGCUGAGUGGAUGUUGGAAGUCAUCGGCGCGGCACCUGGCUCUUCGACCGACAAGGACUGGCACCAGAUAUGGCGCAACAGCCCCGAAUAUGCCGAAGUGCAGGAGCAUCUGGAAUACAUCAAGACAACCCGCCAAAAGGAAUCACAGCCUUCUUCGACACCCAACGACAAGGAGAGCUACCGCGAAUUCGCCGCACCCUUUGGCGAACAGCUGUGGGCCGUCUCUCAGCGUGUCUUUCAGCAAUACUGGCGCACACCCUCCUACAUCUACUCCAAGCUGGCCCUCUGCACUGCUUCGGCGCUGUUUAUCGGUUUCAUCUUCUUCAAGGCCCCGGUCACACACCAAGGUCUCCAGAACCAGAUGUUCUCCGUCUUCAUGACCUUCACUAUCUUCGGCCAACUCGUCCAACAAAUCAUGCCGCACUUUGUCACGCAACGCUCCCUCUACGAAGUGCGCGAGCGGCCCUCGAAGACAUAUUCCUGGCAAGCCUUCAUGAUCUCUAACAUCGCCGUCGAAUUGCCCUGGAACUCCCUCAUGGCCGUCAUCAUGUUCUUCUGCUACUACUACCCCGUCGGCCUCUACCAGAACGCCGGCGACGAGGUCAGUUCCCGCGGCGUGCUCUUCUUCCUCUUCAUGCUGGAAUUCCUACUCUUCACUUCCUCCUUCACCAACAUGAUCAUCGCCGGCAUGGACAGCGCCGAAACGGGAGGCAACAUCGCCAAUCUCAUGUUCUCCCUCUGCCUCAUCUUCUGCGGUGUCCUCGCGACCCCGGCCACCCUCCCCGGCUUCUGGGUCUUCAUGUACCGCGUGUCCCCCUUCACCUACCUCGUCGAGGGCUUCCUCGCCACCGGCCUCGCCAACACCCAGGUCAACUGCGCCGAGAACGAAUUCCUCAACUUCAACCCCCCCCGCGGCCAGACCUGCGGACAGUACAUGCAACGCUACAUCGACGGGGGCAACGGCAGCAUCGCCAACGGCGGCUACCUGCGCGACGCGUCCGCCACGUCCAACUGCGCCUACUGCACGUACGACGACUCCAACGUCUUCCUCGCCAGCGUCGCCGUCUCCUAUUCGAAUCGCUGGCGGGAUUUCGGGAUCCUGUGGGCUUUUAUCAUUUUUAAUAUUAUUGCUGCCGUGUUCUUUUAUUGGUUGGUCAGGGUGCCGAAGGAUAUGGGGAAGAAGAAGAAGAAGGAAGAAAAGGCGCAGAAGGAGAAAUAA